AUGAAGUCUAUCCUUUUCCUCACUGUUGCUGCCGUUUUCGUUGCCACUGUAUCUGCUGCCGGCAAGGGUGGAAGCCGUAUUGACGUUGACCAAGAGCUUGGUGGCUUCGGUAAUGAGGGUCAUGUCAGUGGUCUCUUGAACAACCUUCUCAAGGGUGGCCUCUUGGCUGACGCCAGCAAGGGUUCCGGUGGUUACCAGGAAGGCUUUUAA